UUAAUGGCAGCUGUACACACUCGACGAGACACCCCGAGACCGGCCGAGAGCGAGUAUGUACAUGGUGCUCUCGUCUCGUCUCGCACUCUCGUUCUCGCCUCGGUGUGUCUCGGCCGCUUGUCGGUUUUUUGCGCCCGAGUCAAAGGGUCUCGUGAAGUCUCGCGAGGAAAACGAGAACGAGCAUGUACACACUCGUUUAUUCAGUUGCCCGCUGACAGUGGUUAUGAGUAGACGUGUUUCGCUAUGUGGUCUAACGAGCGCGAAUUAGAAUUUUUGGAGUGUUAUCAAGGAGAAGCCGUUUUAUGGAACUCAAAAGAUGUAAAACACAAGGAUAAACAAACUAUCCAUGACGCUUGGGUGCGAAUAAGUGAACAAAUGGAAACUCCUGUAGCUGAAUUAAAAAAGAAACGGGACUCACUUAUGGCUACCUAUCGUGGCCAUAAAAGAAAGGUUAUUGCAUCUAUUCAGUCGGGAGCUGCAGCUGACUCUGUAUAUAAACCGAUAUGGUUCGCAUACGAGUUAAUGGACUCAUUCCUAAAUAAUAUAGUUCAAUGCAGAAAAACUUUGAACACGGAUACACAGAAUUCACCAGAAAGUGGAAUGUCGAAUGAAGCCGAACAUUACAACCCAGAAUCUGCGUCAACGACUUCUUCUCCCUUGCCAACAAUACCGCGGCGGCGAAAAAAUCCAAUAGAACUGGAAGAAGCUGGGAAGUCGAUGAAGGAAGCCAUGACUUCACUAAAUAAAAUUUUAAAUAAACAGGAAUUGCCCGAAGACGAUUUUGAUCGUUAUGGGAAGAUUCUUGCAAAUAAACUCCGUAAACUAUCUGAAUCAGAUAGUAUCAAAAUGAUGUACGAAAUAGAUGGGUUAUUUAUAAAGCGCAUGAAUGCUACACCCUCAUAUUUUACACGCCCUUCACCGACGUACUCAUUCCAUUCAGAACCAACUCAAAGACUUCAUAUACCAUAUCCAGCUACAUCACCAACACACUACGUACGGCCUGAUUCGGCAUGUACUUCGUAUUCAGAUCCAGAGGUUCAAACAUCACGAUCAUCACUAGCUACGAGUACAUCAAGUAAUGUUAUCAAAAUUUUAUCUGACGAGAUUAUAAGCCCACCAGCAAAUUCCAAUAAAGUUAUUCAAAUUUCUUCUGACGAGAUUGUGAGCCUACCAGCGAAUUUACAAUACAAUACCGACAUUGUAAACCAGGCAUUUUAUAAAUCAUAAUUUUUAAGUUCUCACUGCAGUUAUUAAUUAAACCUUAAAUUAGAACUGAUCUGUUUCUUUCCUACCUUAAGUAAUAAAUAUUUUUUUAAAA